AUGGCCAAGUCUAGCAGAAUUGAGCUUGACUGCAUUAUGUGUCAGCUUGGAGACCAUCCAAAUGUGUGUUUAAGCAUUGGCUUGCAGAGGUGGUGCAAUAACGUUGGUGUGAUGGAUUUUGAAGGUGUAAGCGUGUAUCUAGAUGCUCUUCCGAGUACCGUGGUCCUGGAGUGCAGAGAUUAUGCAAUAACGUGGUCAUCAUAUUAUGAAGCCCUACUUGGUGUUGGUGGUGGUGGUGGUAGUGGUGAAUGUUCCUUCCCUCCGAGUCCAAGGCCUCUCUGCCUUGUUUGGCUUCGAGACUCUCAGACUGAGAGUUUGAGACUGCGAGACAGCUCCAACUGCAUCAUGUUCGGAAGAGCUGGCCUUGAUCGAUUUAAGAAAGCUCAGUCCUUGGAACCCUUUUCGCUCAAUCCCAAUUCCAAUUCCAAAUCCACUCCCUUGCCCUCUCUUUCGCAUUCGCAUCAAGCCCAACAUCAACCCCCUCCUCCCCCUCUUGCACCGCCCGAGGCUGCCCCUCUCGUGGGGGUCGAGCAGACUCCGCAGCAGCAUCUCACUCAGCUUGGUGGGGGUCAGUCCACUUGGCAGCCCCCUGACUGGGCAAUUGACCCCCGCCCCGGUGUGUAUUAUCUUGAGGUUGUCAAGGAAGGUCAGGUUCUUGAUCGCAUUACUCUCGAUACGCGUCGCAACAUCUUUGGCCGCCAAUCUCAAACUUGUGACUUUGUGCUGGAUCAUCAGUCCGUUUCCCGCCAACAUGCCGUUGUUGUUCCUCACAAGAAUGGAAGCAUAUAUGUAAUUGAUUUGGGUUCUGCACAUGGCACUUUUGUUGCAAAUGAACGAGUGACUAAAGAUACCCCUGUUGAGCUUGAAGUGGGGCAGUCUUUGCGGUUUGCUGCAUCAACUAGAACUUAUAUCUUGAGAAAGAAUGAUGCAGCUCUUUUUCCUCGUCCUUCACUGCCUGCAGAGGUUAAUCUGCCUCCGCCUCCUGAUCCCUCUGAUGAAGAAGCUGUCGUGGCUUAUAAUACACUACUAAAUCGUCAUGGUCUGACCAGGUUUGACAUAGGGCCUAUGCCCCGUGAGUCUGGUGACUCAGGCACAAAAGGUGACACCCAGCAGCCAGAGAGAGCGUCCAAGAGAAUUAGGAAGGCAAGAGUGUCAUUCAGGGAUCAAGUGGGCGGAGAGCUGGUUGAAGUAGUCGGGGUUUCAGACGGUGUGGAUGUAGAGACUGAACCUGGUCCAGUAGGUGUAAAAGAAGGAAGUCUUGUUGGGAAAUAUGAAUCCCUUGUGCAGAUUACAGUAAUACCCAAAGGAAAGGAGCAAUUAUCUGCAAAGGAAGACAAUUCUUCCCAAAAAGGCAUGACUGAAAAAUUACAACAGGUCUUAAAUAGAGUCAAAACUGCUCCAAAGGGUGGGAUUUAUGAUGACCUUUAUGGAGACUCUUUUUCAGGCAAAGUGGGAUCUUCCUGGGCAUAUCCUUCUGCGGGUUCUAGUGGUAAACAAGGUUCUCCAAGUAGAGAAACUGAUGAGAAGGCAUUAAGUGUAAAGGUUGGAACUAACUUGAGCCACGCUGAUGAUGAUGAGGAUGAUUUAUUUGGUGAUUGA